CUCAGAGGCGGGGGCUCGUCAGCAGGGCCCCCCGGCCUCCCGAGUGCACUGCAGGCCAGGGCUCUGAGAGUCCCGCCCGGAGAGGACGGCGAGAGGAGAAGGCUUCGACCCAGGGCUGCAGCUUCCUCGCCCGCGCCAACGUGCUGGUUUAUCCAGGCGGACGGCUGCCGCAGCAGGAGGAUCCAGCCAGAGCCUGGGCGGGUGGCGGCGGCGGCGGCCUGGGCAGAGGGGGAUUGCUGCAAUGGGCGGCGACGGCGCCGAGGUUUCUUCGCCGCGCGCCAGCGCGGGCCCCAGGAAGCGGCCGCGGCGCGACGGCGGCGAGUGGGCGGACGUCUCUGGCCUCCUGGAGGGCAGGUCUGUCGUCAAGCUCUUCUGCCGGGAGCUGAAGCCCAACUACUCGAUGCCCUGGACGACGAAGCGGCAGCACUCUUCGACGUCCACCGCCAUCGUUCACAGCCUCGAGGAGCGGCUCCUGCUGACCAACCGCCAUUGCGUGGCCCACGCCAGCUGCGUCGAGGUUCGGAAGCGUGGCGACGACCAGAAGUACGAGGCGGAGGUCCUGGCGAGGGGCGUGGACUGCGACCUGGCGCUGCUGACCGUUCGGGACGACGCCUUCUGGGCAUCGGGGCUGGCCGCGCAGGAGUUCCGCGAGGGCGUGCCCGCCCUGUUCGCGGAGGUGGUCUGCGUGGGGUACCCCACCGGCGGCGACAACCUGUGCGUCACGAAGGGCGUCGUCAGCCGGGUCGAUUACGAGGAGAACCCCGACCCCUGGCGGAACCGCCUGGUGGUGCAGAUCGACGCCGCCGUCAACCCUGGGAACUCGGGCGGGCCCGCACUGAUCGACGACGGCACCUGCGUAGGCGUGGCCUACCAGUCCCUCAAGGACGGGUCCACCGAGAACAUCGGCUUCAUCAUCCCGGUGAGCGUGGUGGCCAAGUUCCUUAAGGCCUGGCGGCGCGGUGGUGGCACCAGCCCGCCCGCCGGGGAGGCGCCCUGCGAGGCCCCGGCGCGGGUCACGUCGUUCGGUCACGGCCGGUUCUCCGUGCAAAGCUGGAGAACGCUGGUAUGCGCCGCGCGCUCGGGAUGCGAGACGGGCAGCGGGGCGUCCUGGUGAAGGGCGUGGACCCCACCGCCCCGAACGCGAAGGCUUUGCGCGAGGGGGACGUCAUCCUCGAGCUGGACGGGGUCCAUCGGCAACGACGGCUGCGUGCCGUUCGUGUGCGGGUCCACAAACACGACCGGGUGCCGUUCCCGUACUUGGCCGUCGACAAGUUCGUCGGGGACGUCUUGGAGGCCAGGGUGCUGAGGGACGGGGCCGAACUGACGUGCUCGCUGCGGCUGUGCGCGCACGAGCCACUCGUGCCCUUCGAGAAAGAGGCGCCCUGGCUGCUGGACUACGUGAUCGUGGGUGGGCUGGUGUUCGUAAUCCUCUCCCAGCAGUAUCUCCGCGCCACCUUCGGGGAGAAGUGGCGGAAGGAGGGCUGCAACGGCCUGCGGGAGGUCAUGGACUCGAAGGCGCGCGAGUUCGUGGACGAGCAGGUCGUGGUCCUGUCGUACGUGCUCGCGCACACCGUCAACCUGGGCUUCCAGGACAUCCGGAACGCCCGGCUGGAGAGCCUCGUGGUGCGGGGGCAGAAGGUCCGGGUCCGGAACCUGCGCCACCUCGCCGAUCUCCUCGCGGAGUCCUCUGCGGAAAGGUACCUGCGGUUCGAGCUCUCCACCCGGGGCGCUGGCCUCCUGCCCAGGGUCGUCAUCCUCGAGCGCUCCGCCGUGGAGGAGGCGGAGGCGGAGCUGCUCCGCCGCAACAAGAUCCCCGCAGCGAGGCGGCUCGGUCAGUGAGUGCCGAACGGCCCGGGCACCGCACCAAGCCGAGAUCCUGGCGACUGCAGGCUUCGCUCUGCACCCGGCGUGCUCGCCCUCGCUCGGGCCCGCGGGGCCGCCGCGGAGCGGUCCUGCUCGAGAGAGGCUUCGGGGGUCCGGGGCGCCGGUCAUGUCCUGAUCGCUUCCAUAUCCCCGGAGGGCCCGACCCUUUCUCCAGGGCUGGGUUUCCUCCCGGGUUGUUUUUUGACUGUCCUGGGGCCCGGCGAGGCCUCGCAGCGCGGUCCCGGCCGCUUGGCGCCCCAGCGCGGCACCGCUUGGCGCGGGAGGGUCGCUGGGACGAGCUGCUGCCGCCACGCGGCGGCUCGCCUAAAAGACAUGCAGAUCAUCAGGGCGC